GGUCUGUUUUGCUGGAUCGUUCCGUUCAGACAUGGCGAGAGAACCGUAGCAUACUGACCGCGGGGCCUGUACGGUUGGGCAUUUUACCGACAACCGUGACGUUCAAGAGCCAUACAAAUACUCAGUGUGGGAAAGGAGCGGAACAGCUGGCGAGGAAUCAUGGGACACAGAGCUGGCUGAAAUCGACGGUCUAGCAGCACACCAAUUGUUUCCCACUGUGGUUUAUGACAUGGCCACGGCCUCAUCUAGAGCAGAAUCUAGCCAUAACCUCAGAGGAUCAUCACAGCUCCAUGCCACUGUUUCCUGUGCCAAAAUCAAGAGGAAGAAGAGCCUCUUUGGGACUACCAUCUAUGUGGAGGCGACGGCUGAUGGGGAGUCGCGCCGCACAGCAAAGUCGCACAGCUCCUCAAGUCCAAAAUGGGACGAAAGACUCACUCUGAAUGUAACGCCACACACACAGGUGGAUUUUAAAGUAUGGAGUCAUCACACCCUCAAAACAGACGCCCUGCUGGGCAAAGCCACGCUGGAUCUAAUGCAAGCCUUGGAACAGCAUGACAGAAAAUUGGAGAAUGUGAAGGAGGUGUUGAAGCUGAGUGUGGAUCAGAAAGGAGCCAUGGUGCCCACGGGGGAGUUGACUGUUUUCCUGGACGGACUGAUCUUCACGGACCAGGAGCAACUGACAACGCUCACCAACGGCAAUGCAACAAAUGGCAAAGUGCAACAGAAUGGUGAUGCCCUCCAUGAAAACGGAGACUCCUCUUCCUCUUCCUCAAGGGCUGCCAACAGCACAGUGAAUGGUACAGACACAGGCCUCAGAUCAGGUUCCUGUUUAGCCUCCAACGGUGUCGAUUGUCAGGUGCCUUCCAGCUCCUGCAGUCCUGCCCUUGGACAUGUGGUCAACGGAGACGUGAUGCACAACUCCACCCCAGUCCACCAACCCUCUGACAGCGACACGGAGAUGAGGACAGUCAAUGGAGAGUCCUGUGAAGUUUCUGCUGGACCUUCCUCUGCUUCUGGUGAAACGAUGCCCCUUACAGAUGACCUCGAGGACUGUUGUCGCGAUACUACCCAAGACUCUGAAACUGCACCAAAUAGCACAUCCCCUGUAUCCGCUCCAUCGACGUCUGUACCGACUCCAGUCUCCUCUUCUUCUUCGUCUGCUGCUAAGCCCAACGAUGGUGCUGCUGCUGCUACUUCUUCUGCUUCUUCCUCCACCUCCACAACACAAGUGGCUGCUACCAUCACAACCUCCUCAUCGUCAUCGUCCUCCCCAGCACAAGGAGAAGCAAACGCCUCAGGAGGUGGUGGUGGUGGUAGUGGUGGUGGAGGUGGGAGUGGGGGUAGCAGUACAAAUGUAACAACAGAUGGGGCCAAGCCCAGGCAGCAGGUCCCAAAUUCUGGAGCCACAGACCCUCUACCACCAGGUUGGGAACAGAGGAAAGACCCUCAUGGGAGAACAUACUAUGUAGACCACAACACCAGAACUACAACCUGGGAACGACCACAGCCGCUACCACCAGGUUGGGAACGCCGUGUGGAUGACCGGGGUAGGAUCUAUUAUGUGGACCACAACACACGCACCACCACGUGGCAGCGACCCACCAUGGAAUCAGUCCGCAACUUUGAGCAAUGGCAGAGCCAGCGCAGCCAGCUGCAAGGAGCUAUGCACCAAUUCAACCAGAGAUACCUCUACUCUGCAUCCAUGAUGUCUGCUGAGAAUGAUCCUCUCGGUCCACUACCUCCUGGCUGGGAGAGGCGCGUGGACUCAAAUGACCGAGUGUACUUUGUUAACCAUAACACCAAGACAACACAAUGGGAAGAUCCCCGAACCCAAGGGCUACAGAAUGAAGACCCUCUGCCUGAGGGUUGGGAGAUCCGGUACACAAGGGAAGGGGUUCGCUACUUUGUGGAUCACAACACCCGAACCACCACUUUCAGCGACCCCCGCACUGGAAAGUCCUCUGUCACCAAAGGCCCUCAAAUCGCUUAUGAGCGCAGCUUCAGAUGGAAGCUUGCCCAUUUUCGCUACUUGUGCCAGUCUAAUGCUCUUCCCAGCCAUGUGAAGAUCACCGUCUCCAGACAGACAUUAUUUGAAGACUCUUUUCAGCAAAUUAUGGCCCUGAAGCCUUACGACUUGAGGAGGAGACUCUACGUCAUCUUCAGAGGAGAGGAGGGUCUAGACUACGGCGGCUUAGCUCGGGAGUGGUUCUUCUUGUUAUCUCAUGAGGUGCUGAACCCUAUGUACUGUCUAUUCGAGUACGCUGGCAAGAGCAACUACUGUCUGCAGAUCAACCCAGCCUCUGCUAUCAACCCCGACCACCUCUCCUAUUUCUGCUUCAUAGGCCGCUUUAUCGCUAUGGCACUUUUCCACGGGAAGUUCAUUGACACAGGCUUCUCCUUGCCUUUCUACAAACGCAUGUUGAACAAGAAAUUAAUCCUCAAAGACCUGGAGUCCAUCGACCCAGAGUUUUACAACUCACUCAUAUGGAUCAGGGACAACAACAUUGAGGAGUGUGGUCUGGAGAUGUACUUCUCUGUUGACAUGGAGAUCCUAGGGAAGAUCACAUCACAUGAUCUCAAACCCGACGGUGCCAACGUCUUGGUCACUGAGGAGAACAAGGAGGAGUAUAUCAGUUUAAUGGCAGAGUGGAGGUUCUCCCGUGGGGUCGAAGGUCAGACCAAAGCAUUCUUGGACGGCUUCAACGAGGUUGUUCCUCUUCAGUGGCUCCAGUAUUUCGAUGAAAAGGAGCUGGAGGUCAUGUUGUGUGGCAUGCAGGAGGUGGACCUCCAAGACUGGCAGAGGAACACAGUGUAUCGCCACUACACCAGGAACAGCAAACAGAUCAUCUGGUUCUGGCAGCUGGUGAAAGAAGUGGACAACGAGGUGCGACUGCGACUCAUGCAGUUCGUCACUGGAACCUGCAGACUUCCAUUAGGAGGUUUUGCUGAACUUAUGGGAAGUAACGGGCCCCAAAAGUUCUGCAUCGAGAAGGUGGGGAAGGACACAUGGCUUCCCAGGAGCCACACAUGUUUUAAUCGUCUGGAUUUGCCCCCGUACAAAAGCUUCGAACAGCUGAAGGAGAAGCUGCUGUUUGCCAUCGAAGAAACCGAAGGAUUUGGCCAAGAAUAAACGGUGGAGUCGACCCGUUUCUACCCCCCCCAUCGCUGUUUAUUCAGCCAACUAAAACAAACAAAAGAGAAAAAAAUUGCACAAGAUAACCACCAAUGUAUAUAAGCUAUUUUGUCAUUUUAAACCAAAUCUUAA